AUGGACGCCAUCAAGAAGCUCGUUUCCGGCUGCAAGUGCAACGAGGCCCAGCGCACGUCGGGUCAGUGCCCGUGCCGCGCCCAGGCCGGCGGCUGCUCGUGCAAGACCAACAAGUGCAAGUGCCCCGGCUGCACUGGCCGCGUGCGUGCUGCCGGUCGCCACACUUCGUCGUCGUCGUCGGACGAGGAGGACAACGAGAUGAUGCGCCAGCGCAAGGCCGCCAAGAGGCUCCAGCAGCAGCAGCAGCAGCAGCAGGUGCGCAUGUGA